AUGGCAGAUGACAAUCAGAAUAAGAUGAAGAACGAGGUGGUACCAGAUAUUGCCCCUUUUGAUCCUACGAAAAAGAAGAAAAAGAAGAAGGUUGUAUUUCAGGAUACUACUGAAGAUUCUGUGGAAAAGUUGGCUGAGAAAACAGAAAACCUGGCAGGUUGUUCAAUUGAAACCAAAGACAGUGGCGAUGCAGUGGAAGAUUUAAAUGGUUUAGAGGGCGCUGGUGAUGAGGAAGGGGAAGGAAUUGUUCUAGAGGCUCCAUCCUAUCCUUGGGAGGGGAGCGAUCGUGAUUACACAUAUGAGGAGGUGUUUAACAUUCGGAGUGAAAAUAACCCGGACCUGGCUGGAGAUAGGAGGUGUAGGACAAUUUUGAGGCCUCCACAAGUACUUCGUGAGGGCACAAAGAAAACUAUUCUUGCGAAUUUCAUGGAUGAGUGCAAGACGUUGCAUAGGCAGCCCGAUCACCUCAUGGCGUUCUUGCUGGCUGAACUGGGGACAAGUGGAUCACUUGAUGGACAACAGAGGUUGGUUGUCAAGGGAAGAUUUGCACCCAAGAAUUUCGAAGCAAUACUGCGGGAAUAUGUUAAUCAAUAUGUCCAAUGCAAUGGGUGCAAAAGUCCAGACACUAUACUUUCAAAGGAGAAUCGUCUCUUCCGUCUCAGAUGCGAGAAGUGUGGUGCUGAUCGAACAGUUAAUCCAAUUAAAGCUGGCUUUGUGGCUCGUGUCGGACGAAGGAAGACAUGAUCUUAAUUAGCCUGUUGUGUCGAAUCCUCAUAGUUUACUAGUUGCUAAUGGAUUUUUGAGUUGCGUGUUUGGCAUCCACAACAAUAACAUUUUUACUGUGACGUUUGGGUAUUGAGGAAGAUUUUCUCUUGUUCUGCUUAGUGAUUACAGACCUUCCUAUACUUUGGUUUUU